AUGGAUAAACUUUCAGACUCACUUCAGCGUGAUAUCAACAAAUUACAAACCGAUUACCACAAAGCCAUUGAAAAAGAAUUAGGUAACCUGGAUAUUGCUUAUCUCCGCAAAAUACAGGCAAAUUACUUUCAAUGUGGUUUAAAGUGCUGUGAAGAUCCUGAUGCCUCUAUUACUGAAGUGCAGCAUUGCGUAGAAAGGUGCGAAGUCCCGUUAAGUAAAGCACAUGAAAUAAUGCAAUCUGAGGUCUCCUCGUUCCAGGCAAGAUUACAACUGUGUGCUUCUGAGUGCGCCAAUCAAGCGCGGGACAAGUUACCUUCAAAUGCAACUGAGUCACAGCUGAAGAAUGCUCAACGUGAAAUAUUAGCAUGUUCCCAAAAAUGCGUGAACAAUCAACUAUCAAAGGGGCUUCCAGCCCUUCUUAUUCGACUAAAAGAUCAAUUGCAAAAGUUGAAGCAAAAUCAAAUUCAUAUCGCAAAUUAG